UAAGAUUUGUAUUUUUUUUCCAGUCGACUACAACAGAGUUGUGUUAGAACCCCUUCCAGGUAUUCCUGAUUCGGACUACAUCAACGCUUCUUAUAUAGAUAGUAUCCUCAAGCCAAAUGCUUUUAUAGCAGCUCAAGGUCCAAAUGAGUUCACCAUUUCCGACUUCUGGCGAAUGGUCUGGGAACAGGAUUCAUACGUCAUUGUCAUGCUCACGAAAGUCUUCGACUUCAUCCGGGUAAUGUGCGUUCAGUAUUGGCCCACAGACUUGGACAAGCCUGAGGAAUAUGGGAACUUAGAGAUCACGUUGUUAGCGGAAGAACAAUUAGCGAAUUUUUUUAUCAGAACCGUUAAAAUAAGAAAGGGAGAAGAAGAGCGUGAGAUAGUCCAGCUGCACUAUACUAACUGGCCUUCCCAUACGUGCCCUUUCCCCAGCGCCCUCCUUGAGUUCCGGAGAAGAGUCCAGGUAUACAUGAUGCGAUACCCAUCCACAGGACCUGUCGUUGUUCAUUGCAGUGACGGCUGUGGCCGAACGGGAACAUAUCUCUGCAUAGAAGCCAAUCUUGGACUCGCAGAAGAGGAUUUUGUAUACGAUGUUUUCGGAUAUGCAAAGAAAUUGCGAGCGGCAAGACGAGGCAUGAUUGAAACGGUGGAGCACUACAAAUUCAUAUACGAAACUCUAGAAGAAGCCAUGAUCUGUGGUUCAACGUGGUUUCCUGUCAAUGCACUGUCUCAGCAGCUGAAGUACAAAUCUAUGAAAAACCCGAUCACACGCAUGAACGAAUACCAGAGAGAAUAUCAAUGUUUGAAAAUCUGUAAGAAUUCGUCUAAGCUAUCCAUCGGCGAUUGUGCUGGAGGACACAGACCGGAAAAUCGGGAUAAGAACAGGGAUGUUUCAAUUGUACCACCUGACAAUUUUCGUCCCUAUCUGACAUCUUUCCAGAGCAAUGACAACACGGACUAUAUAAACGCUGUUUUCGUGGAUGGCUAUACACGAUCAAAGGAAUACAUUGCUACGGAAUGGCCUCUGCAAAGGACAGUUCAGGAUUUCUGGUCCUUGGUAUAUGACCAUGAAUGCAACACAAUAGUUGUUCUUUGUAACCCACCUCCUUCAAAUACAUAUCCUCCCUUCUGGCCCACAGAAAGAGACAAAAGGAAGAAAUAUGGUCCAGUUUUUACGGUGGAGCUAGUAUCAUCUAACCACUACUCUAACAUUAAAACCUGGAUUUUCAAAGUCCUUAAAAGAGUCGUCUCGCUGACAGAAUUGAUGGCGGGGGUGAAAGCUGAGCCCAAGACCACUCAACUCUUCCAGAUUACAUGCUGGCCUCUCGGCCAUAAAGUGCCCACUUCGACUAAUGCCUUGGUAGAGCUUAUGAAUAUGGUGGAGAGAUGGCGACAGAGAUCUGCCUACGGACCAGUGAUUGUGCUCUCCACGAAUGGACGCAGCCGCGUUGGUGUUUACUGUGCCGCCUGCGUUGCCAUCGAGCAAGUCAUUCAGCACGGUGAGGUGGAUGUUUUCCAGGCUGUGAAAACUGUUCGCAGACACCGACCCCAGCUGGUAGAAAACAUGACGGAGUAUAAGUAUUGUUAUGACUUAGUUUUGCAUUAUGUUCUCCAUUAUUUGAACAGUUUGUGAGACUGUCAUUCUCCUAAAUCCCUAUCAGAGGUCCAAAUGUUUGAUACGAAGAACACAACGUUUGAUACUGCCGUUGAACGUCUUUGUGAAAAGAGGAUAUAUUUUGCACUCGAAAUUUUAAUACUACGCACUUCACUCAGGUUUAAGUCUUAGAACCUUGAGCCAACGACACCCUUCUUAUUACAUCAUAAUGAGUUUUUAGUUGACACUUCAUCUUAAUAUUAACCUCCCAGUUUCACUAUAACGUAACGUAGUAUAAUGUAGUAUAACAAUAAAUACAAAGGAACUCACCUUUUUCUUUAUAUCAAAGUUACGAGCUAAAAAAUUUCUUCCUAUCUUGAAAUUCCAUUUUAGUUUAAGAUUAGAUGUAUGAAAUGGCAACAAGUAGAGCCAUUGAAUGAUAAGAUGGGAAGAAAUGUUCCAGUUCAAUGCUUCGGGACUAAAACUCGAUUCCAAAGAAUUCUUGCAGAUGUAGUAGAUAUAUAAUAUAAAGGUGAUUCUUGGGGAAAAUUGUAUAUUCCUGGUAAAAAAAAACAAAAGAUGCACAAAGCACCACACUUAUUCUACAAAAAUCAUCAGAUAACCUACAGAAAUAUUUUUCGAUCUCCUAUUUUGUGCACUUCUUUUUUGUCUUGCAACUUUCCUAGUUGCUUUUCACGAUAUAGAGCCGAUGUACCAGUUCAUACCGAAAACAAGUUUGUAAAUUGAGGACAUCAUAGAUUUACAAAGCGUGGGAAAGAAUCUGUUUGUACAAUGUAAUGCAAAAUCACAAGCUAAUGUGUUAGAACCAAGACGAUAAAAUAGAUUGCGAAUGAACGAUCUUUUGGUGUAUGUUACUGAUAGCUUACUUGAAAAGGAAAGUAAGAAUGUUAUGGUUUCAAAUCAGUUUCGGUGCAUCUGCCUUUCAGAAUCAUUUAACUUUGCAAUAAAGAAUUAUUUGGCUUGUGGUUUUGCUGAUAUGAAGCAGAAGAAGAUAGUACAAAUUUAGAAGUAAAUGACAUCCUGAUUUGAAUGUCACCAUCUGCUUGCAUUUAUUAAUUAGCAGGUUUAUCUCCGAAGUUAAGAAUUACUAGCAGGAAAACUGUUAACUUAUAUUCAUACAUUUUAACUUCACAAGCGAACAAAUUUCUAACUUUCACUUAAAAACUUAAGAGUAGGGCACGCUCAAGUUUUUGAUCAUCAUUGCCCCGUUUAUAGUUGGCAUAUCAUAGCAACAUGGAACCAUGGGCCACAUGAAUCGGUCAAAGUGUUUUCUGUUGCACAUAUUGGUGUCAACAAAUAUCUGCUCAACUGCAUUAUGCUAUAGCCAUCUGGCUAACGUAGCUCUAGAUCAAAAUAAGUGCUUCCACUGAGUAGUAUUACAUGUGCACAUAUAAAGCUUAUGAAACAUUUAGGUCAGCUUUUAGAUCACAUGCAACUCUAUAUGAAGAGCAAUUUUCUAUUAUUUCAGUAAGAAUUCUCUGAUCAAUUAAUUGGAUAACUGCAUUCUUGAGCAUACGAAACUUAAGCGAUUUUGGGAUGAAGAUUGGUAACAUACUAUGACCAACAAUUAAGUUUCUGAAUUUUCAAGUUUUAUACAGUGUUUAUUUCUGAUGAGCUUUAGCGCAUCUAAAGCUCAGCUCUUACGGGAUGAAACUUGAUAAUGUCACUUAUGGAUAGUCUAAAUUAAAUUAAAUUGCGUUUAUUUCAACCCACUUAAUGUCAGCAUUAAUAGCAUCAUAGAACUAUUUGAAGUUUUGCUAUCACACCUUUAUUUUGAUUACAGCAAUAUCUUGAUUAAUGAAAACUGCGUUUCUAUUUUUUGAACUUUUUAUCAUUUGCUAUUAUGAAUAUUAUGAAUACUAUCUUGACCAAUUAUCACAAGCUGCAAAAUUUAAUAAAUUUUCAAAUUGCUUUAGUCAUUUCUUAAUUGAAUUUAUCACCUGACUUCAUGCUAUUUCUAUAAUUUACAAGAAAGUCGUUUUCGGAGUUUCCGUUCCUGAACUAUUUCUGGAAACUCUUUUUUAUUUUCCAUAAACCACGCUAAAAUAAUAAUUAAAUGCAUUGAUUGCCUGUGCUUGCAUAAUUUACAAUUUGAAAAAGUUAAUAUUCGAUAGAAUAUUCCAUUUUGUUAUGACUCAUCAGAUUUAUCAUGCACUGUUACGUAUCCUGAUGAAAGUAUUAUAAAUGCAGAUAAAGAAUUAUCAAUAACAUUUCAUGUGCAGAGUAUUUUAACAAUUUGGAUCAACCGUAAAAAGUUUUUAAAUUUUAUAUUAUUACCUUUUUUUGCCCUUACACGGGCUUUGUUAAUGUCAAUUUUAAUAGUCCACAACUUAAAAUAUAAAUUUUAUUGCUAUUUGAAAAGAAUUUUUGCUGUAGAAAAUAUCAGAUGUUACACCUCCACAGUAUUGAAAAAAUAAAAUUUUGGUUUGUUCUUAAACCAGCAAAUGAUUAAAAUGAUAGCUGAUACCAUCAUUUUAAUCAUUAUUGUUUCAACCACAAUGUUACAAAGUGAUACAAAUUACAAAGUAUGUUAUAAAGUGAUACAAACUCUUGACUCAAGCACUAAUUUCUGAAAUCGAAGAUAAUAUUUUGCAGUAUUAUAUAGAUUAUCAUUAAUUAAAAUAUUUCCUCUUAUUUAUUUUCUUAAGGUGACUUUUUAGAAGUAACUGGAAGAAGCUGCCGAACAAUUGUUAUAAAUUUGAUAAGAAUUUUUUAAAGUCAAUCGGUUUAGUAUUAUUCCCCCUGUUAAACCGUUUGAAGAUUUAUGCUAGCUAAAGGGAAAAUUAAAUUACACCUGGAAGAAUUGAAUAAAAUUCAAUCAUAUUUGGAAAUUAUUUCGGCUGUUCAACGAGAUAUGUGUCAAGCUACUGUAUAGGUUUACCUCAGAAAAAUUUGAAAUGCUGUACUUACCUUGAGGUAAAUGAACAUGAACCAUUUUACUGAAUAAAUAAUGGAAUAAUAAAAGAACCAUACUUUUUCACAUCAACAGAAAGUAUUUUUUUCCUGUAGAAUGUCAUUCUAUCAUGUUACCACUAACUUUAGUUUUCAGGGACCCCCCCCCCCUUCAUUGAUUCGGGAAGUGGAAGAUAAGGAUUUAAAUCGUUGGCUCGUUUCUCAACAGAUGGCAGCACCGCUGUUGUUUUAAAAAAUGUUUAAAUUUUUUACUUGUAAUUCCAGCUAAGAAUGUCUGUUAAUGAAAAGAAAUAAAUUGAAUUUAGUGAUUGUA